CAUCUCUCCCCUCCCACCUCUCCACACCCUCUCAUCGUCGUCUAAAUCUGUAUCUGUACUCGAAGGCUUGAAGCGAUGGCAAGAAGAUACGACAGCCGCACGACGAUUUUCUCGCCGGAAGGCCGGCUGUACCAGAUCGAGUAUGCGAUGGAGGCCAUCUCGCACGCGGGGACCGUUCUUGCGGUCCUCGCCACGGACGGCGUCGUGCUCGCCGCGGAAAAGAAGGUCACCGGGAAGCUCCUGGACCUGUCGGCUGAGAAAGUCGGCGGGUACGGCGGCAGCGGGGAGAAAAUCUUCCUGCUCAACUCGAACGUCAUCAGCGGGGUGGCGGGGAUCACGGCGGACGCGAACUCGCUCGUGAACUACGCGCGCACGGCCGCGCAGCAGCACCUCUUCUCGUACAACGAGGACAUCCCCGUCGAGCUCCUCGCGCAGCGGCUGUGCGACCUGAAGCAGGGCUACACGCAGUUCGGCGGCCUGCGCCCGUUCGGCGUGUCGCUCCUGUACGCGGGCUACGACAAGCACUACCGCUUCCAGCUGUACCACUCGGACCCGUCCGGGAACUACUCGGGCUGGAAGGCGACGUGCAUCGGCGCGAACAACGGCACGGCGCAGAGCUUGCUUAAGCAGGAGUACAAGGACGAUAUUACGGUCGAGGAGGCGAUCGGGCUCGUGAUGCGCACGAUGAGCAAGACGAUGGACAGCACGACGCUGGGCAGCGAGAAGCUGGAGUUUGCGACGUUGACGCUGGAUCCGGUCACCAAGGAGCCGAAGGCGAAAAUCUACAAGCCUUCAGAGAUCGACGCUGUGCUGCAGAAGCACGGCCUCGCGAAGAAGGACGGGGACACGGAGAUGAAGUAGAAGACUGCAGACUGUACACAUGUAUACGAUGACGAUGACGAACUCGCUUUCGGACUAAACGGACUGUGAGUGGUGAACAGGUGGCUACGAGCACACGGGGGUACAUGGUCAGCUACUAUCGAACGAGAACAGAACGCAACGAGACAGCCCAAGAGAGAUCGGGGGCAGGAGAAGCUAUUGUGUACAGCGGCUCAGUGACACGCCAUGCCCUUGUUAGCUGCAGCGCCCGCGAGCACGCUAUCGACGUCCAUUUGGGCGCCAAAGACGAAGUGCCCGAUGCUGGCGCCGAGCACGACGGCCAGGAUCAAGUAUGCAUUGUAGGUCAUGAAGACCAACAUCAAGAAGAACGAGACAAAGACUGAGGCGCCGUAAAGACCGGCACGGAGCACGCGCGGAAACGGUGGGACGGGCGUGCCGCUGCCUGCGGCCUUGCGCGCGCGCCCAGUCAGCAAGCCGGCCUCUUCAACGUCCUGACCUGGUACCUCGGGACUGCUUCUCCCACUCACCGACCCCUUGUCGCGGCCCUUGCCGCGCGCAAGUGCGAGCGCGAUGCGCUGGUCGACGGCGCGCUGGUAGGUGCGCAGCCACUCGUAGCCGACGGAGAUGAGGAUGAUGGCGACGAAGGAGAGCGCGAAGGUGAAUCGCGACGAGAUGUGCCACGAGCGGAAGACGACGCAGGUGUCGACGAUUUGGGUGUUCCAUAGCAUGUUCAUGGUGCAUUUCGGGCCCAUGUCCAUGUCCCCGUGGCCUCCGUGUCCGCCGUGGUCCCCGUGGUCCAUGAUUUGUGUAUGUGGUUUUGGUUCUGGGAUUGGGGUGGGUGCGGCGCUGUGGGUAUCGUUGUCAGAAGGUGGAUUGAUGCGCC